ACGAAGAAUUCCUCAGACCUCAGUCGUUCCAUCAGCUUCUUACUGUUACAGAGCGAAUCAACUCCCUCCGCUUGACAUUCGGAGGAGAAUUCGAAGCAGUGUUUUCGUGUUGUUGGGAGUCAUGGAGAGAAUUCUAUUACUGUGAAUCUGUGAGCGAAAAGUUUGAGAAAGAUGCAGGCACAGGUGAUCCAUUCUCCAAUCGUUUCAAGGGGGAAGCUCCCCUUAUUGGCUUUCAUCGAUUCCAUCCCUUGUUCUAUCUCUCUAUCCAGAAGGAGAACAUCAAAUUCGUUGAGAUACAAGGACAUAUUGAGGUUGAAUUCAGUGUGUGGAACAAUCAGAGCCCAAGCUUCCAAUGUCAGAAUUGGAUCUGGAGCCUAUGGAGGAAAGGAGGAAAACGAUAAACACGAUAUCUCUGUAGGAGGUCCUCCGAGUGAUAAUUUAACUGAAUCGGAGAAACCUCCUAAUCGACUUCCUUAUCCAGUAUCCAUAGCUAUUGUGCUACUUGGAUGUGCUUUAGCUUUUUCAUUGAUUGCCUUUGCGAAGGGAGGACCUUCAUCAAUCGUGGAAGUGUUUGCAAAGUCAGGCUUCACUGCUGCCUUCACAUUGAUAUUUGUUUCUGAGAUUGGAGACAAGACAUUUUUUAUUGCUGCACUGUUGGCCAUGCAAUAUAAAAAAGGACUGGUCUUGUUGGGCUCGAUGGGUGCUCUUUCACUCAUGACAAUCCUGUCUGUGGUAAUCGGACGAAUAUUCCAUUCAGUGCCAGCUCAGUUUCAAACAAGUAAGUUGGGAGCUAUAAAUGUUGAGCAAUAUGAAUUAGUGGAUUUGUAUGAGAAUGAUCUUCAUACGUCUAAAAAAGCAUGUUGAAAAUCACAAUAGUGAUUGAUGAUAUUAUUGUGGUUUCUACCUUAUUAAUGACCAAAUAUUGAUCUUUCCUAAAUUUUGACCUUUGUAAGACUGUUGAUGCCAAAAAAUGACUAAUAUAUUUAGUAAAAAAUGGAUAUAUCAGAUGUGUGCUCUGAAUGAUCUGAUGCCUUUGAGAACUCUGUGACUUUUUUAACAACUUUUAAGUUUGUCUUAAUUAAUGACUAGUGGAGGAAAGGUGGAUCCCAAAAAUUUGUUUUUUGAGAAGCUUUAUCUCUAGAGAUUGUUCACCAAGAGAAGACAGCAUGCUACUUUUCAUGGAAUAUGCUCUAUAUUUUGAUGAAAUUGAUUAUCCAACUUGCCUAGUAGCCAAGAGUGGGAAACACAAAUUGGUGGUCCUUUAGAUAAGACAUGCCCGUGGCCAUUGAUAGGCUGAAUGCACUGAUUCAGGCUUCUUCCCUCAUUACAUGUAGCGAGCCCAGUACCCUAUAUGGGAUCAUAACAACUUAGUAAUCUACUUGGGACCAAAUAGGUCGCAAUGGAGCAACCUUACCGUUGCGCCAAGGCCUGUCCUCUUAUGAUGAGACAAGUGCAUUCAAAUAAUUAUGUAUGAAGUAUGAGGUUUCUUCCAUGUACUAGUACAAAAAGUGAUGUCAUUUUCAGUUUUGGAGAAGAUUUAGGGUUUAGAAUUUAGAUGCACAAAUCAUUUCAAAAAAGAAAAUAAACUAGUCUGAUGCAAUCAUUUUGGUCAUUUUCCACUGAUGUAGUAAUCCAUUGCAAAAACGACACUAAUAAUCAAGAUUUGAGCGAAAAAAUUUUAAGUUUUGAGGGAUACUUGUUCUUGCGCAGAUUUGGUUUCGAUCUUUGAUUGCAGGUUGUUUAAUCCCCAAUUAAAAGUGAAUCGAUAAUACUAGUGUCAUUUUUUAUGGUUGAAGCAAGGAAUCAAGUUGAUUUUGCAACAAAAAAAGGGGGGGGGGGAUUAGAAUGCCUUACAGGAGCUCUCAGUUACUGUUCUACUGUCAUAGGUUUUGUUCUGCAGUUUAUAACAUGGCAGUAUUAGAACCUGAAAUCAUUACCUGCGCACAAAGAGGAGGAAAGAAAAUAGAAGGAGAAGGAGAGAGUGAAGAAAAAAACAGCCCACGAAUAGAGAGAACAGAACACUUUUCUAAUUGUGGGAGGGGGAAUUUUUUAUAACUUUAAAAUAUAAUGUAUUUACAAGUGAGGACAUACUUAUGUGUAUAUUACAUAAGGACAUAAUCAAGAUUUAAAGUUUUGGUAUUGGGUAUCGUAUUGGGAAGGUGAUUUUAAGAGGCGUAUCAUAUUGGAGAGACAUAAGAUAUGCUAAAGAUAGCAUGGAAAUGCCUAAGAUACAUACAAAAUACAGUUUUGAAACAUAAAAUACUAUAAAUAAAUAAAAUAUAAAAUAUAUCAUGUAUAAAGAGAAGAACAAAGUAUGAUGAGACGAGGGCAUUAGAUUGAUUAUGUAUAAAGGAUGAGGUUUCUUACAUUUAAUAAUACUAAAAAAUAUGUCAUAUUCAGUUUGGGGAAGAUUCAGGAUUUAGAUGCACACAUUAUUGCAAAUAAAACCUAGUUUGAUGUAUCAUUCAGAUUGUUUUUCACUAAUGUAUUGAUCCAUUGCCAAAAAUAAAAAUAAAAAAGCAUUAAAAAUCAAUAUUUGGCAAAAAAUUCAAAGUUUUGAUAGAUAACUAUUCUUGCGCAAAUAUGGUUUCAAUCCUUGAUUGCAGGCUGUUUAAUCACCAAAUGGUAAUGAAAUCAACACUGCUAGAGUCACUUCUGCACGCAGAGGCAAGGAAUCAAUUUGAUUUUUUCCAAUCCAAAAUUGAUUAGAAUGCCUUACAAGAGCUUUGGGUAAGUGUUUUGUAGUCAUGGAUCAUGUUUAGUUUAGAAGAGAAGUUUUGAGUAUAUGGAUAGGUAUUGUUAGAGUAUACGAGAGCAUGUGUCGGUUGGAGGUUUAUGGACACCCAUAGACCUUCCUACCAUGGGAUUAUAUUUGAUUCAAGCGUAUCUUUGUUAGUUUCCUAUUGGGUUUAGGAUAGUUGUUAGCUAAGUUAGAAUUAGUUUCCUUUUUGGUUAUGCCUUCUAGUUUCCUAUUUGUGUUAUGACCAUAGUUGUUACGGCGUCAUGGAGACUCAAGGCGGUGGAGGGGUGGCUAAUUGAUUUGGCGGCGGUGAAUCGCCCGCUAUGGUGUUGCCAUGGCGAACAAAUCGCCCAUGUAUUAUUUUUUAGUUCCCCUAUUUUCUAAAGUUAUUUUGUAUGUUAUAAUAUAUACCCUAUGACAUAAAAAAAUCAAUCAACAUUAAGCAACAUCAAGUCAUAAAAAUCAACAUAGUCACACUCACAUC